CCAGCAGGCUUGUUCCAUAAGCAUGGCCUGGUUCUAGUCUUCCUAGAUUUCUUUUAUCUGCAUUUGUUCGAAUCUAGGGUUUUUUGUGAGAAAAUCAGUCACCAUGAUCCAUCUCUCACUUUUCUAUUUUAUCAUCAUUGUUGCUGAGAUGGAUCUGCUACGAGUAUGCCGCGAUUUCGCCAUGUCCUAUCUAUGGCAUCGAAGCUCCAUCAGCUGCAGGCCAAAGCUGUGCAAGCCUCACAAUUUGUGGCUAAGCACGGAACUUCGUAUUAUAAGCAAUUGCUGGAGGAGAAUAAGCAGCACAUUGUCCAGCCACCAACAGUUGAGAAAUGUCAAGAACUUUCAAAGCAGCUAUUCUACACUCGGCUGGCAAGUAUUCCCGGCCGCUAUGAAUCAUUCUGGAAAGAGCUGGACGGCCUGAAGCACACCUUGAGGAACAGGCAGGAUCUGAAGGUGGAGGAUCUCGGCAUUGCCGCUCUUUUCGGUCUUGAGCUAUAUGCUUGGUUCUGUGUGGGGGAGAUUGCUGGAAGAGGCUUCACCUUCACAGGUUAUUAUGUUUGAUGAAAUUACUCUUAAAAUUUGAGUUGGUAUUCAAUUUUUAUGCUUGGCUUACUACUGCUAAGAGCAUGCCAAGUUUAUGACUGAAUUAUCAUGCAAAAUUUUGUUUGGUAUAAAUUUUGUGGACUUGGGCAGAUCAUUAAAACAAAGCAUUGUUUCUAAUAAUUUUUGCCCGGUUACACUUAUAUACUCUUUAUGAAUGUUGUUUAACUAUCAUCUUUUACUUCAAUUUUUAUUGUCAUUAUUCCAAACCA